CACAAUUGAAUACAUAUUAUGACACCUAUAAUUUGUACUUCGAUCCCACAUAGUCUUGAGCAUGAAAUUGGUUCUAUGCUCUUCAUAAUGAUAGCGUCAUCUUCCCAUGUUCAUCGGCAUCCAUAUUGUCGAUAUGAACACCUACCUUGUGGUAUUUGAUGUCGCAAUUGUUUUUCAUUGAUUUUCCUCUACUUCAUUCCACGGAUUUAAUGACAAUUAGUACGUCCAAUAACAGACGAUGAGAGUGAGGUGAUAUAUGUAGUAUACGGCAGUACCCAAACAUGGUUGCCUACAUACAUAACUCUGGUACCCGGUUUGUACUACUUACACUUGCCUGAUUGAGUACAUUUUGUGAGGCAAUUACAUAUGUAGAGAAGCAGGCCAGUCCGGGCAUAUUCUAUACACAACUAAAGCUUCAAGAUUUCUCUGAGGCAACUCCCACGUAAAAUUCAUUCGCCAUGAAGCUUAUUACGAUUCUUGUCAUUCUGGCCUCUAGUAGUUGCUUAGGUGUGGUAGCUACAAGCACCCGAAUUACGACCACCUCAUCUGAAUCUGGUGCCGUGAUACCGCCAACCCUUGAGAAGCGAGAUGCUUAUACCUGCUAUGGCUCUACCAACACCUCCGUUUCGGACUGCCAAAAGAUUCUUGACACCAUCCGAGGCGAUCCACGGCAGAGUUUUAAGCUCUUCUCUAACAUCUGCGCUGUAUGGAACGAAGGAUCCUGUCGAGUGCGAUUCUGUGCUCAGCCUUAUGUCACCCGGCCUGUCAGCCGAUCGGCGGAGUGGCUGGCCACCUACAUAGCCAGUCCAUUGCUAGACGGCUGUAUUAGCAAAGGGAGCAUGGGAGUCAUUGCGGAUAACCCCAACAUCAAUAGCCACGCGGGCACAUAUCGGGUAUGGGUGUAUUAAUGUCAGAGGAAUGCAGUGCAUAGGCAGGCAGGGCCGUAUUAGCUACCUCCCUGAAGUGGGAAAAUAUUGGAAUUAUAGGGAAAUAAUGGCGACAUUCUGUCAUGUGCCUAGGUGGUUAAGAAAAGUUUAGAAUGGGGCUCAAUUCUGUAUCGAAAAAUAGAUGGUUGAGACUGCAAAGUACCUAUAUCCUAUAUUUUGAUAUAUCUUCACCUGCGGCUCUACGCGCCUCAUGCACGUGUAUACAACUUGUUUAUCUAUA